AUGCCCCAAGUCAACAUCCAGACCACGAUUAGCCCCUUCACCCAGGAGCCGGUGUGCACCCGCCCGCUCCUGAGCGCAUCCCAGCUCGACGCGGUCGUCUCGCAGGCCGUCAAGGCGCAGAAGGGCUGGCGCAAGGUUCCGCUUGAUGAGCGCGCGGCCAUUGCCGAGCGCUGGAUGGCCGAGUUUGAAAAGAACGCAGACAUCCUCGCAGAGGACAUUGCGCUCCAGAUGGGCAGGCCUGUUGGUCAGUGCAAGGGCGAGAUCAACGGAACACUCUACCGCGCUCGCCACCUCAUCAAGAUUGCCAAGGAGGCACUGGCACCCAUUCCCCAAACUGAGACGGACGACGAGGCAAACAGGCGCUACAUUAUCAAGCAGCCGCUGGGUGUUGUUGUCGCAAUCACCCCCUGGAACUUCCCGCACCUCACAAUGGUCAACUCGGUCCUUCCCGCUCUCCUGGCGGGCAACGCGGUGAUCAUCAAACCGGCUCCGCAGACGCCUGUUCCAGCCGAGCGCGUGCUGGAGUGCUUCGACGCCGCCGGCCUCCCUCCCAACGUCCUGCAGGUCAUCCACCUCACCCAGCAGGCGACGCUGGACCUGUGUGCGGACCCGCGCGUCAACUUUGUCUCCUUCACAGGCUCGGUGCCAGGUGGACGGGCGGUGCAGGAGGCCGCGGCCCACGGCCGUGGCUUCAAGGGUGUCGGUCUCGAGCUGGGUGGCAAGGACCCCGCCUAUGUCCGUGAGGACGCCGACUUGAACUACACCGUUGCCAACCUGGUGGACGGCGCAUUCUUCAACUCUGGUCAGAGCUGCUGUUCCGUUGAGCGCAUUUACGUCCAUUCUGCGGUUUACGACGAGUUUGUUAACCAGUUCGCCGCCCUCACCCGCAAGGACUAUAUCGUUGGGGACCCCAUGGCCAAGGGCACUACUCUUGGUCCUGUGGUGUCGUUGGCCAGCGCUAAGCGCAUCCGCAAGCAGGUUGCGGACGCUGUUGCGGCAGGAGCUACGUUGCUGGUUGGUGAGGCCGAAUUCGCCGGCGCCAAGGAGGGCACGACGCUCGUCGGGCCUCAAGUUCUCACCGACGUCGACCACGGCAUGGAGGUCAUGUCCGAGGAGACAUUUGGCCCCGUCGCCGCUAUUAUGAAGGUCGAGAGCGACGAGGAGGCACUCGCGCUCAUGAACGACUCGCAGUACGGCCUUACCGCCAGCGUGUGGACCAACCCCGACGAUGCGGCCAGCAUUGCCGUGUUCAACAACUUUGUCGACGAGCUCGAGGCCGGCACCGUCUACCUCAACCGUGCGGACGCACUCGACCCCGCCGUCCCCUGGACGGGCGUUAAGGACACGGGCCGCGGCUAUUCUCUCAGCGUCCUCGGAUUCGGUCAGCUCACGCAGGCCAAGAGUGUCAUGAUGCGCACCAAGCUCAACUAG